AUGAACAGAUGCUCGCACGUCUUGUUAUAUAGCGAUAGGAAUUUUUUUACGUCCGACAAAGCCCGCUGGAAUCGGGGAUGCUAGCUUCACAUAGCUUCACUAGCUGAAUCAGGUGAACAAUACAGCAACCGAUUCGGCAACGAUUAUCUUAUUGAUAUCUGUAGACGCUUCAGGGAAGAGUCGUUCGCGUUAAAAAGGACGCGGAAUGCUGCCUCAGGACAAAUUGUAGCCCCUCAAGAUGGAAGGCGCUUCUAUGCACGAGGACUCCAUGAUGACGUUGGGCGACGUAACAGUUCGCACCGCGUCAGUCCCAACAGUAGACACUAGCUUCUACAACCUGUCUCCCGCACAAGCUGCGUUCUUCAAGACACAAACUGGUAUUGAUGAUGAUGAAGACUUGAAAAGGCAUAUCCUAGAAGUUCAGGCGAAAGCAUACAAGGUUGCGCCAUAUCCUUGUAUUCAUGUAUUCAACUUCCUUCGGUUAAACUUAUCAAAUUUUCCUGUGUAUGAACACAUCCUCCAGCUUGGUCGCGAGCGCCCCGAUGCAGUGUUACUCGACAUCGGUUGUUGUUUCGGUGUUGACGCCAGAAAGGCUGCGGCGGAUGGGUUCCCUGCCAAAAACGUUAUUGCGUCGGAUAUCGUCAGCGAGUUUCUUCAACUAAGCCACGAACUUUUCAAAACGACACCAGCUUCUUAUCCGGGAUGCCUCCUUCCUGGAGAUGUCUUCGAUCCAGAAUUUCUUUCUAUAGCAGCGCCGUCAGACGACAUCUCUCCGGCGCCAGCCAUUGAUUUGUCCUCGCUGAAAACCCUCAACUCCCUUCAUGGUCGCAUUAGCGCAAUAAACGCUAUUACAUUCUUCCACCUCUUCAACGAGGAGAAACAAUUGCACGUUGCCAGGGCUCUCGCGGGCCUUUUAUCUGCUCAGCCAGGUUCUGUAAUUUGCGGCUUUGACACCGGAUCUCGCGAAAAGGGCACCGUGACUGCCAAUUUAUCAGGUGCCGAGUAUCAGACGUUUUCUCAUUCUCCCGAGACUUGGUCAUCUAUGUGGGAUGGAGAGGUUUUUGAGAAGGGGACUGUCAAGGUAGAGACAGAGUUUAUGGAAAUUCCAGUUUUCGAUGUACGACACUUGAUGAUGAGGUGGUCAGUGACUGUAGAUAAGUAUAACAGCGGUCUCCAACCCCGAACGGCAAUAAAUUUGAUUUUUUAAAUUAAAAAAAAGUAUAACAACGGGACGCAUCCAAGGUGCGGGAGACAAUACUCGCCUCGACCUCUGUAACCCCUGCAUCUCCUUCCGAACCUAGUUGUACAAGAAGCCAACAUCGGGUGUCUAUG